CGCGGUUUGUCUCGAUGGAUCGACGCCGCAUUACUACCUGAAUCCUGGGGUCGAUGCCGCAAAGCUCGUCGUCUACUUUAUGCAUGGCGGCUUUUGUGGACGCUCUGUGGAUGAGUGCGUGCAUUCGAUACCUUACUACACCUCAAUUACAC